GUAAAGCGUCAUGGAAGCUCCUCAAUGCUGCAUGUCUGCCUCCUUCCCUGAAGGGGAUGCUGCGACACCCCAGUUCUUCCGCCAAAUUUCUCCCAGAACCCUCUUGUUCCUCUUCCUUGCAGAAGCAGGAAUGGGACGGAAAGGAAAGGAAAGCUUUAGGGAGGCGUGGAGGAAGUUGCUACAGAGCAGGCCCUCUUUUUAUACCUGCUUUCCCUCAGAAAGAAGAAGAACAUGCAAGAUGGCGUCGGUGUUCAGGAGCGAAGAGAUGUGCCUAUCACAGCUUUUCCUACAGGUGGAGUCUGCCUAUUGCUGCGUGGCAGAGCUUGGAGAGCUGGGCCUGGUUCAGUUCAGAGAUUUGAAUGCAAAUGUGAACAGCUUCCAGAGAAAAUUUGUGAAUGAAGUCAGAAGAUGCGAAUCCCUGGAAAGGAUCCUUCGCUUUCUGGAGAGUGAGAUGGGGGAUGAUAUAGUGCUUUUCAAGCCUGAAAAAUGCCCAGAGACACCGCUACCUCGAGAAAUGAUUGACUUAGAGGGAGUUUUGGAGAAACUGGAGGCUGAGCUGGAGGAGGCUAACAAGAAUCUGCAGGCACUGAGGCAGAACUUUCUGGAACUCACUGAACUGAAACAUCUCCUGAAGAAAACUCAGGACUUCUUUGAGACGGAAACUAAUUUGCCUGAUGAUUUCUUCAAUGAAGACACCUCGGGGCUGUUGGAGUUAAGAAGCACACCUGCAGCCGUUGCUGCAAAACUGGGAUUCAUAGCUGGCGUGAUCAAAAGGGAAAGAAUGGUGCCUUUUGAGCGUCUGCUGUGGAGAGCCUGCCGAGGAAAUAUCUAUCUGAAGUUCAGCGAAAUGGACACACCCCUGGAGGAUCCUAUCACUAAAGAAGAGAUGAAAAAGAAUGUGUUCAUUAUCUUCUAUCAAGGGGAGCAACUCAGACAGAAAAUCAAGAAGAUUUGUGAAGGGUUCCGUGCCACGGUGUACCCUUGCCCCGAGUCGGCUGGAGAACGCCGAGAGAUGGCUGCUGGUGUGAACACAAGGAUUGAGGAUCUAAACACAGUGAUCACCCAAACCGAGUCCCAUCGGCAGGGGCUGCUGAAGGAGGCGUCAGUGAACCUGUGGAGUUGGGGGAUCAAGGCAAAGAAAAUGAAGGCCAUCUACCACGUCCUGAAUUUGUGCAACAUCGACGUCACCCAGCAGUGCGUCAUUGCUGAGAUCUGGUUCCCCGUGGUGGACGCAGGUGGCAUAAAAAGGGCUCUGCAUAAGGGAAUGGAACGCAGCGGCUCUACAAUCAACCCAAUACUGACUGCGAUACAGACCAAGAUGUCUCCUCCUACCUUUAACAGGACCAAUAAGUUCACUUUGGGUUUUCAGACUAUUGUAGAUGCCUAUGGCGUGGGUAAUUACAGGGAACUUAAUCCAGCCCCCUACAUUUUAAUCACCUUCCCGUUUCUGUUUGCGGUGAUGUUUGGCGAUUGUGGCCACGGGACUGUCAUGCUGGCCUUUGCUCUCUGGAUGGUCAGCAACGAGAAGGCCCUCUUAGCCCAGAAAACUGACAAUGAGAUCUGGAACACCUUUUUCAGUGGCCGCUACCUGAUCCUCCUCAUGAGCAUCUUCUCCAUCUACACCGGCUUCAUCUACAAUGAUUGCUUCUCCAAGUCGUUCAAUAUAUUUGGGUCUUCCUGGUCUGUCCGCCCCAUGUACAGCCGCGGGAACUGGACGGAAGAAAUUGUUCAUAAGUCAGAUACCCUCCAGCUGGAUCCGGCAGUGGCAGGAGUUUUCUCUGGAAACCCCUAUCCUUUUGGAAUUGAUCCGAUCUGGAACAUUGCAAGCAACAAGUUGACGUUUUUAAACUCCUACAAAAUGAAGAUGUCUGUUGUCAUGGGAAUCACACACAUGGUCUUUGGGGUAAUACUCAGUCUCUUCAACUACAUAUAUUUCAGGCAAGUCCUCAACAUCAUCCUGCAGUUCAUCCCACAGAUGAUUUUCAUCCUCUGCCUGUUUGGUUACCUGGUUUUCAUGAUUAUUUUCAAGUGGUGCCAAUACGGUGUUGCUGACGCCCAAGACGCCCCAAGCAUCCUCAUCCAUUUUAUCAACAUGUUUCUGUUCAGUUACAGCGAUGAGACAAAUGCUCCUCUGUAUGUGCAUCAGCAAGAAGUACAAACCUUCCUGGUAAUCUUUGCCCUGAUUUCUGUUCCUUGGAUGCUUUUGAUUAAACCUUUCAUCCUUCGAGCCAAUCACCAGAGAGCUCAGCGUAUGCUGGCUUCACCUGAGCUGUCGGAGAGCCCCACUGGGGACAUUGAGGUGGAGAUCAUUAAGUCUGACUAUCCUAAGAAGCCAGUCCAAGAAGACCACAAUGAUGGCGGUCACCAUGGCGGGCAUGAGGACCAUGAGGAAGAGUUCAACUUUGGAGACAUCUUUGUUCACCAGGCUAUUCACACCAUCGAAUAUUGCCUGGGUUGCAUUUCCAACACAGCUUCCUACCUUCGGCUCUGGGCGCUGAGCUUGGCUCAUGCACAGCUCUCAGAGGUCCUCUGGGGCCAGGUGCUGAUCAUCUCAUUCCACUCCAGUGGCAACUGGAUAGGACUCAUCGUAAUCUUCGUCCUCUUUGCCGUCUUUGCUGCUCUGACUGUAGCCAUUUUACUGAUCAUGGAGGGCCUCUCUGCCUUCCUGCAUGCCCUGAGACUUCACUGGGUGGAAUUCCAGAACAAAUUCUACUCUGGGGCAGGAUAUGCAUUUGUACCAUUCUCCUUUAAAGCCAUCAUAGAACGAACAGAAGAUUGAAGCCCACUUAGAACAUGGAGAUCUAAAACUUUCAAGAUUGCUUCUCCUCUUCUUCCUAACUCUCAAGAUUAGCUUCCUCCUCCUCCAGCCGCAAGGGAAAGUUGUUCAGCUUCAGGAAUACUUCACAAUAUUUCCCUCUAUAAACCAUUGUAAAAAACAAAACAAAAAGUGGGAGUCAGUGGUUUAUUUAAAAAGAUGUACCACCCAAGGUCCCUUUCACCUCUUCACUCAUUUUGUUCAAUGUCACUCUGCUCCAUGUGAAAGGAAUCUGCAAUUUGGACCUAGCAAAGUCAUAAACAAGUUUAUGUUCCAUUUCAGAUAUGUAGACGCACACGAUUGGAUUCUCCUCCAUACCAGCAUGGUACUGGACCAUCUACAUCAGCGGUUCUCAACCUGUAGGUCCUCCCAUCAUCCCUGAGCUCUGGCCUUGCUAGAUAGGGGUGAUGGGAGUUGUAGUUCAACAAUAUCUGGGGACCCACAGGUUGAGAAAGGCUGAUCUACAUAGAAGACUAAGGGCCAAGGAUAUGUUGCAAUGGAGUUUCAUGUUUGGAGCUGUUGGGCUGCAAUGAUGGGAGAAGCAACCUGCCAAUAUUCUCCCUUCUGCAUAACUCUUAAAGGCACAUCAGACCUUUACUAUAUUUCCAUUAGACAAGGAUGAGGAACUUGUAUCCUAGGCUUGCCAUAGUUUUUUGAGUUGUUGAGCUUUUUUUGCAAAAUCUAAAAGCAAAAAUGAAGCUCCUGCCAACCUAAAAGCUCAGAAGCACACAGUGCAAGUAGAUAAAUAAAUAGGUACUGCUUCAGUGGGAAGGUAAACGGUGUUUCCGUGCGCUGCUCUGGUUCGCCAGAAGAGGUUUAGUCAUGCUGGCCACAUGACCCGGAAGCCGUAUGCCGGAUCCCUCAGCCAAUAAAGCGAGAUGAGCGCCGCAACCCCAGAGUCGUCCGCGACUGGACAUAAGGUCAGGGGUCCCUUUACCUUUACUCCUAGGUCUAGAGCUAACAGACGUCUAUCUUUCAUUUCCUGCUCUUCCACAGACUAGCGUACAGUUAGGGAUCCAGGGAUCCCCUCUUAUUUGAAGCCCUCUCUUCAUAAUAUUUAUGGCAUCUGGUGGUAACACACAUGAACUACCAUGUGGCAUGUUGAAACCCAUUGACAAAAACCAAGGGCUGCAACAAGCCAUUACUUCUCUACUCGCAGAAUAACACUGUGUGGAUAUAGCUUCAUAUCCUAGUGUUAAACUUUUAUUGCUCCAUGGAAGACAGCUGUUGAAACGUCCUAUGUAUUUUCAUUAGAAAGUCAAAACUGCUGCUUCAUUGAUUUGGUAGCAUAAAUGAAUAAAUUGCUCAAAACCAA